AUGAGUAUGGAUGCAAAGGGCAUUCGACUUCUUCUCUGGAGAAUCAUUAGAUUUUCUGGGAAUUGUUGCUAUAAAUUUGUCAGGAAAUAUCCACUCGUUUCAGGUGUUCUUAGCUUUGUUUUCUUCCUGUACAUAAUUUUUCCUUCUGUUUUCUACUUUUUGAUGUAUUCUUCUCCUAUCCUUGUCUGCACUGUUGUUUCCAUCCGAUUUUAUUUGAAAACCAAAUAUCCUGAAUAUUUCCAAUGGCUUAAGAAACAAGACAGUGAGAGACCAUCUGCUAAUGUAAAUAGAUCAAACGAUCCUUCUUUACGACCCCAGAAAAGUGUAAGAAGAAAUGCUAGAAAGGAGGUCGUAAUAUGGGAUAGAAAAGAUAGUGAGGAUAGGAACAUGUUUUUUCCAACAAGUCAUUAUGACAGUCUGUUUAGUAAAACUAAUUUCUUGGAAGAAAACCCGAAAUCGAUCUUCGAGGGGAAAGGGAAUUCUAGUAUGGAACAUGGAGAGAGUUCCUCCCACAAUGAUGCUGGAAAUGAUCGAGCAGUUGAUGAUCCGAGUUCGACAUCGAAACGUCAUAGCGUGUCGGGUGAUAGCUUUCAAGGGCAGUCAGGAAAAGGUCCUGACGGUGGUGGUGUUGAGGUAGAGGUAGAAAGCUUGGAAGAAGGGGAGGAUGAGGAUGAGGAAGAGGUUCAAGAAGAAGGAAACAAGGCUGUGGAAUGGACGGAUGAUGAUCAGAAGAAUCUUAUGGAUCUUGGUUUUUCUGAGUUGGAAAGAAACAAAAGGCUGGAAAGUUUAAUUGCAAAACGAAGAGCUAGAAAAUUGUUGAAGAUGGCAGUUGAGAAAACCCUGAUGGACAGGGAUGGUAAUCCCCUUAGUCAAAUUGCUCCAAUUCUAACUGUAAAAAACAACCUUCUGGGUGUUUCUAAUCCCAAUGAAGAAGGAUUACAAAUGCCUGGUUCUGCCCCUUCCAUCUUGUUGCCUGCAAAGAAUCCAUUUGACCUACCUUAUGACCCACUUGAAGAAAAACCAAAUCUUAUGGCAGAUAGUUUUCACCAAGAAUUCAUGGCAGCCAACCAAAAGGAAAUGCUCCUCUGCAGGCAUGAGAGCUUCUGUCACGGACCUUUAUUUACAUUGGAAACCACUCAAGAUCCAGGGGAUGCACAGUUUAACCCCGAUUGGAGUACUGAGAAACGACCAGGGGAGGGUCGAGCAGUUUCUAGAUUCAAAAGGCAGUCAGAAAAAGAAGGUCUCCACCAGCAUAAUUCCUCUGGUGUAGGAAGUAAUACUGAUCUUGUUGAACUAGAAGACUCCAACCACAAUGAGGCAAUAAACUCUUCAGAAGUGAGACAUGCAGAGACUGUAGAAAGUGCGAACAAUAGGAUUGGAAUAGGAGGGAAGGUGAAAAACCCUCAUGAUCUGGAGCCAGGAUUAGAUAGAGGAAGUGUAGUCAGAAUGGAGACAGAUUCCAUUAAAAACAAUGAUUCCGGCUAUUCAUCUUCAUCUGAAGCCAAUGAUGAAUUGAUCUUAGAUCAAACAAGCAAACCUCCCCAGAUAUUUAGUGAUCAUGUGCAAAAGACGCUUAAUCUUUCAAUUCCUCCUAGGGGGAAAACUGUGAGUAGACUUCCCUAUGAUUCCAGCCCAUCUCCAUCUGAAAAGCGUAGGACAGACAUCAGUUUAUUUCUCGCAAAUAGGCGAUAUGGCCAUACACCAACCUGUUCCAUAGCUUCUGACUUGCAAGUUGAGGUCUCGGAAGUUGGUUCACCUCCAUUAACAUCCGAUGGAACAGUUUCAUCUGUUGAUGGUGAUUCAGUUACCUAUGAUGCGGAUGUUGACAGGGAUAUCAAUUCUGACAGUGAAGAAUUGUGGGGUGGUUCAUUUAACCUAUCAAGAUCAGAGGCAAAUCGAGUGAAACUGAGAGAACUACAUGAUAUUAGUGAAGAGAAUUCUGUUGAAGUAGAGUUAUCAGGUUUAAACAGGAAACCUGAGGAGCCAAUUGUUUCACCCUCUCCAUCUGAACAGGAGGCCAAGCAAAAUUUGAAUAACACAAGUUCAGUAUCUUCAAGAACAGAUAUAAGUGAAAAUGGUCCAUCCCAUCCUACGAACAGAAACCGUGAAACUCCGGAAGAUGUGAAACAAAUACAUGAAGAAGUUGAGGGAUUCAAGACUUUCAAUGUUUCUGAGACACUAUCACCUGAAAAUCCAGGGAAAACUAUGCCUUUGAUGGAGAAGUCAGUGGUUCAUUCACCUUCUGAAUCUUGUUUCGAGAAGCCAGAGCAAUUUAUUGAACCUCCUACAGAAGACUUUAACAUCAUUUGUAGGAUGAAGCCAGUAACUCAUGGAGAUGUUUACACUUUAGACUUGAAACCAUCUGAAAACAGAGACAAUGAAGCCCAAAUAUUGAUUAAGCCUGCAGCUGUGGGGGAGGUGAGACAACCAGCUAAGGAAAUCAAUUUAGAUUCCAGUGAGUUCAGGCAAGGGAAUUUAGAAACAUCUUAUGAGUCUAAAAACACUAUGGAAACUGGAAAGGAGAAGGAGGAAAGCCAACCUUCAAAGUAUAUUGAAGAAGAUACUCGAAACUUAACUGAGCAUAACACUGGGGAUGCACCAAAUAUAGUUCAAAAUAGAGACGACUUGAAUUCUGUUCCAGAUGGAAUAGAUGAUCAGAAUGUUACAGAAGAUAAUGUUUCUGGAGUGAAACAAGGAUUUGGUGGUUCUAUUGCAAUGGCUCUAAACCCAAGAUUGGUGAUGGAGCAAUUUUCUGUCAGCUCAGUUUCAUCUCCAAGAUCUGUAUUACCACAGAACAUCCUGGCAGAUCAAAUACCUAUUUCAAUUGUUGAGCAACGGAUACAAACAGAUGUACCUCAAUCCGCUAUGGAAGACAUAGUGAGAGACAGUUCAGCAGAUGACCAACCGCAUGAAAACCUGACUUUUAACAUGCCCCGAAAUGCGCAGCAAGUGGUUGAGAAUUCCAUAGAUCACUCAUCCAGUAAUUGCAGUCUUGAAACACUAGAGGGAUCAUCUAACACGACACAGAAGACUACUAAUUAUAGCACUGUCCAUAAUAUGAAUGAACUGGUGUUAGAAGACAUGCAUGGCAAGGAAGAUUCUAUUGAGCAUAACAUAAAAUCCAGUGAAGGUGAAUCAGAAACUAUGAUGAGUUCUAAGGAUACUAAAGAACUAUCAGGACCAUUCAGGGAAAGCGAUCCUGGUUCUGUUGAGCAUCUUGAAGAGGGGUCUGAAAAACUGAUUGAAUAUGACACUGGAAUCAGUCCAUCAAAUGUUAAUUCAGAUGUUCCUGAAACUAUGAUAAGAUCAGAAGAGUUCGUACAGGAACCAACAAACUCUCCAUGGAAGGUCAUUAAGGAAGGCAACAUUGUCGAAAACAUCAAUGAUUCAGUAGUCAAUGAGAAGGUAGACGGGGAGAAGUCGACAACUAGUGAAGGAGAAUCCCAAUUCUCAAUCAGACUGGAGGCCGUCAAGGGACCUGAAGAAUCAAAUGAACAUGAAGCUGAUGUGAACAAAAAAGAAGCACAUGAAAGCGAUAAUACAAGCAUUCCUGAAACUGCAACACAAGAAGAGAAGUCUGCAGCAGAAGUUGAUAGUAUUGGCGAAGUGAAUGACUCAUUAGCUGAUAAUAUAACCAACAAAGAGAUCUUGAACCAUGUUCUUGAUGGUGAAGGUGAGCCCCAAAUAUUAAGUAGACGAGAGGCUGUCAUGGAACCAUCAAACACCACCGAGGCAACUAGUGCAGGAACUGUCAAAGAUACUGAACAUGAAUCCAAAAGACUGACCGAUGCUGAAGCCAAUGCUGGCCUAUCAACUUCAGCAGAAGAAAGUGAUAGCUUGAACAACAUUAAAAAUGGUGAUGCACCAAAAUUGGGGGAGGAUGAUCUCAAGGACAUUGAAAACAUCCCAGCUGCAGGUGAUAUUACAACGGGUAUACAAAUCGACCAUGAGAUUGCCAUGGAAGCAUCAAAAGCAACAGAAUCUGAAGUCAAGGCUGUCAACCCUGAAGAAAAUGAUAGCAAUGCAGUGGCAAACUGAGGCAGCACAUGUACAAAUGGCGCAUCUGGAAACCAUCAGUUUAGAGGCAGCGUCUGCUAUGCCGAGCAACUUUCACCAUAGAGAAGCUGAAAGGAACUCUCCCAUCCUUGGAUCAAUCUAGUAAUCAGCUAUUGUAAAUCUUGAACAUAUCAAUUUUUAGAGAGUAUAUAUAUAUAUAUACACACACACACACUAGGAUAUGUUAGAAAAGUAAUAUAAGAAAAGAACUAAGAAAGGUUGGCUUGAGGCGUGCCGUAACACACUAUGUUUAAAGAGUUGGUACUCUUAAAUUGAACAGUCACAUUGGGAGAAUAAUCACAUUGGAACACCGGUUAAUUGUUCAAUCUUGCUGUUUGAUAUGCACUAGCAACCA